CCACUUGAAGGAGAAGGAAUUCUUCAAUCCCGUGCUUCAAAAGACCUUGGACUGCUUUCUGCCGCUCAACUCCCUGCGCUCCCCCGUUUCGGCGAACAAAAGAUCCUAAGAGGAGGAUGAGGCAGCUGAGGGGAAAACCCAAAAAAGAGACCUCCAAAGAUAAAAAGGAGAGAAAACAGGCGAUGCAAGAGGCCCGGCAACAAAUCACCACCGUCGUGCUUCCCACGCUGGCGGUUGUAGUACUGCUGAUUGUUGUGUUUGUUUAUGUAGCGACUCGUCCAAAUACAACUGAAUGAUGCAGCUUUUCAGACUUUCUAGCUUUGGGGUAUUAGUAAUUUUAUCAAGAGCCAAAAGGAACUCUCUGCCACUCUUUCAGUACUUUACAAAGGAACUUGCUGGUAUUUUCAGUCUUUCUCUUGGUUAGGGUCCCGCAGUUUCUUUAGGAACGUAACAUAAAACGUAUUCGUGAGUGUGCCAGUACGUUUUAUGGUCCAGUUCAUGUGCCUUUCAGACUUUUAAAAUGGUGUUUUUCUAAAAUCUGUUUGAAGCUCUGUAUUGUAAAAGGAAAUCAUGUUCUGCUAUAAAUUUGUAAAACAUCAGCUUUCAGCUUUUAUCACUGUUCUGGAUACUGUCGCUCCCGUGAG